UGGCUAUAAAAGCUCUGCGUUGAUUAGAAUAAGUUGUCACUUUUAAAGACAACUCAUCAAUCAAUCAUCGAAGAAUUUUACGAAAAAAAAAAUCCAACAAAAAUGUCGAAACCAAUUUUUUACUAUCAUCCAUUCAGCGGUCCAUGCCGAACUGUUUCAACAGUUGCUAAAAUUCUCAAUGUUGAUAUGGAAAUGAAAAAAUUGGAUCUUCUCACCAAAGAACAUCUUAAUCCAGAAUUUCUUAAAGUUAAUCCUUUUCAUAAGGUUCCAACAUUUGUCGACUCCGAUGGUUUUGUCGUUGAUGAAUCACGUGUAAUUGCCAUGUAUCUUGUUGAAAGUCGAAAACCUGAUUCUUUCCUUUAUCCGAAAAAUGAUCUUAAAAAACGUAUCCAAAUUGAUCGUUGGCUUCAUUAUGAUAUUAACUUAUCAACGACUAUUUCUGCUCCAAUGUUUUGUGUAUUCCGAGGUCAUCAAGUUCAGGAUUAUCAAGUGGAACAAGGAAAAGAAACCCUUAAAACAUUGGAUGGUGUAAUGCAAAGUUUUGAAGGAAAAUUCUUGACUGGUGCUGAUCAAUUUACAUUAGCCGAUAUUGCUAUGUAUUUUAGCCUCAAUACAAUGGAAGUUUAUCCCAAAUAUUUCAAAUUUGAUGAUUAUCCCAACUUAAAAUCCUGGUAUCAUCGAGUUGCAGAAGCAUUAAAACAAUACGAUACAGAAGGAACAAUUCCUAAAGCAAUCGAAACGAUGAAACAAUUUAUUCAACAACGAGCUGCCGAAGCAGAAAAGCAUUAAAAAACUGUUGUUGAAAUAGAAUGAAUAAAAGAAUACAGUUGAAUAAAUAAAAGACCUUGAUGCAAUUUA